GUCUGGCUGUCCUUUCUCCCCUCCCUUCGAGAGAUCUGGUCGAAUGCACAUGCCCAUUUUGUUGAAAACAGAUGGGUGGGUUGUAACAUGGAGCAGUUUGUGGGGUUUCUAAUGGGUAGUGGAGUGAUGGUCGACCAUCCCCUUUGCAUUUUCAGAUUUCCAUAUUAGAUCCCUGCAGAUGCAAUGAACUACAUCCUAUCAGACGGGGCUGGCGUGCUGAUCUUUUCUGUCUUUCACGUCGUUUUAUUCUUUAUGACUUUAAAGUAGCAAGAGGACCAUGCAUUUUCUCUACUGACCUCUCCUUUCUUCUCCGUCUUUAAUUCUUUUCCUAAUCAGUUUUUUGUCUUUCAUUCCUAAGUUACGUAUUCCUAAACCCUGUCUACUCUUCUCUUCUUCUUUCUUAGCAAUGAAUUACUACCUAAUGCUCAGCAACAGUCACGGAGAUGGAGUUCUGUCUCGGUACCAGAACUUGCGUACGGAAGGCCGAAUGUGCGAUGUUGUUUUGGAGGCGGAGGGUGUGGAGUUCCCUGCUCACCGGACUUUGCUAGCCUGCUCCAGCGAUUACUUCUGGUCCUUGUUCCAAGACUACACUCUGGAAUCUAAAGCCUACAUGAUCAGUUUGCCAGCCCUGUCCUCACUAGGCCUGGAGCAGAUACUUGACUUCAUCUAUACCUCAUGUAUCUCACUAUCACCUUCCACCCUGGAGGUCACACUGCAAGCUGCCACUUAUCUGCAGGUGAACCAUGCUAUGCACCUCUGCACUGACUAUAUCUCUGAAAGCAUUGCUCUUGACAACUGCUGCUUUUUUGCUAACGUAGCAGCUCGCUAUGGCCUUUCUGAAGCAUUUACCGUCAGCAACUCUUUUAUUGCCAGUAAAAUGCACCGAAUACUUGGAACUGAGCAAAACAAAGCUGAGCUAUUGGUGUUAAACCAUGAAUCUCUGCAAGAGGUGCUGGAAGUUGAGGAGAUGCCAGGUGUUAAGGAGAUAGACCUUUUACAACUAACUUUGGAUUGGCUGGAUUGCAACCCAUUGUCUGCUUUGCAAAGUAACUCAUUGCUCAGUCGCAUCCGAUUUGGAUUGGUGCCACCUGAGGAGCUGACUCAACUUAGUGCGUUCAAGCCUGCCCUACGCACACCCUUCAUUCGCAGCGUAGUGCAGAAAGCACUUCAUUACCAUCUUCAGGGUCCUCUUCAACCUCUACUACAAAGUGUCCACUCCAGCCUAAGAGUCAAACGCAGCAAAAUUGUGCUGGUGGGGGGAGGACCAGAAGCAGACAGACCCCAGAAUCACAUCUUGACCUAUGAACCACGCAGCAAGAAGUUUGGCACACUCUCCACUUCUCUGCCAAAUAAGCUCCAACAUCAGGGUGUAUGCGUUGUUGGUAACUUCUUGUUCGUGAUAGGUGGUGAAGUGGUGCAAGUGGAUGAGGAAAAUGAGAAGACUGCUGUGAUGACUGUCACUGACCAGGUAUGGCGAUUUGACCCACGGUUUGAGCGAUGGGAGGAGAUGGAACCACUCUUACAGAAAAGGGCACAAUUUGCUUGUUGUGUAGUGGAAGGUGUUAUUUUUGCUAUAGGUGGGCGGGGUCAGAAAGGCGAGCCAGCUUUAUCAUCUGUGGAGAGAUAUAAUAUGCAUGCAGGAUGGUGGCGCAGUGGAGUGUCACUACUGCAUCCGGUCCACGGGCAAGCCUGUGCCACUAUUGGAGCGGGAAUCUACAUCUCUGGAGGCAUCCAUGGCAACACCCCACAGAGCAGUAAAGAGAUGCUGUUUCUAAAUUCUUUUGAUGGCAAUGCCUGGGAAACACGUUCUGAGAUGUCCGUUGCCAGAUUUGGCCACCAAAUGGCAACAGUGAGGGGUAAAAUAUAUGCCUUUUUGGGAAUGUUUGAACCAUUUUGUGAGAUUGAAUGCUACAGUCCUGAGCAAGACCUUUGGAUCAUUCUACAGCCCCUACAUAAUGACCGCUUCUGCUAUGGCUUGGCAGCCACAGGAGGAAGACGAGUGCUCAUGUUUGGAGGAAGAAAAUGGCAGGAUGGACAGGAGGUGUGCACCACAAAUGUGCUGGAAUAUGACACUGACUAUGACAGCUGGAGAGAAUUGUGUAAACUACCAAGGCCCUUGUGUGGGACUCAAUGUGCCCGAAUGGCUAUACAAGACCCUCCAGAAACAUAAAAGACCUUUUGCAAACAUCAUCCCACAUACACGCAGAUAAAAAGAAGGCUGUCAGUCCUUGCUGGACCAGAGCAGUUCAAGGGCAAGGGAUAUAUUUGCAUCACAGCACUCUGAAUUGUAAAGCGAAGAAGCAUGAACGACCAUGAAUAUUCAUUUACCCAAAUACAGAAGACUUUGGUGAGGGUAAAGUAUGUUUUACUGCAAGUAUUUAAUUCUGAAAAUGGGUCACCAUGAAAAGAAAAAGAAAGCUAUUAUAUUGACAGAUGACCUUGUCAAAAAACGUAGGUGUGUAGCAAUGAACACUAAAGCUGAAGACUUUUUUACUGUGUUAAAAGAGGAAACAAAAUGGAAAGAGAUGACAUAAUUGCAAUAUUUGGCACCAUGUGAAGAUCAAAGGUGACAGUCAAAAUGUUAUAUGACAAGGGACUGUUGCCAUGAAUGUUGAAGACAGACUGUGGAUAGAAGAAAUAAAGAUGUGAAAAGGAAGGAGGGUACUAUCUCAGAUUCUGAGAGAAGCCAAAUUCCCUAAGGGUAGAAGGGAACGUAUUAAAUGUAUUAUAGGGAUAGUCUACCCCAAAGCUAAAAAAGCUUUGGGCACCCAUAUGUAGUUGACUUUCUGUCUUCUGGAACACAAAAGGAGAUACUAAUCAGAAGCAGUUCAAUGCUGGCAUACAAUGAAAGUAGAUGGGGAUCAGGGUCUGUCAUGGAGCUUUGAAAAGGCCAAAAAACAACUAUGAAAGCACGUACAUUGAUUCAUUUUAUAGACGCUUCUUAUAACCUUACAAAUAAGGAAUAUUUCAAUACAUUUAUUGUAAAUUGCCUCAUAAAAUUAUAAAAUGCAUAAUAAAAGAAGUUGUCCAUAAGACUUGUGUAAGCAACAUACUGCAAUUUAAGUCAACACCAAGUCAAAAAUAUAUCCCUUUUUGUGUUCCACUAAAGAAAAGAAAGUCAUAAAGAUUUUGAAAGACACACACUCUUAAAACAAAUGUGUUAAAAUAACACAUCUCUGUGUUAUUUUUUUAGACAACUUUGUGUUGUUUUAACACAUCUCUGUGUUGUCCCUUUAAUUUAUUUGAACACUGAAUCAACACGAAAUGAUACAUAAUUUGUUAAAUAGGAUAACACAAAACAAUGUGUUAAAAUUAACACAUCCUUUCAUAGUGAGUAAAUAAUGACAUUUUGUGCUAAAGUAAUUCUUAAAAAACUACAAAGUGUGUUUGGGAUGGAGGGCAAGGGGUUGUUUUUGUGAACAAUACUCACAAAUGAAUUAGAAAGCUCAGAAAUAGGCCAUGCAUAGAAAAAUAAGACAAAUAUUAUUAAAGAUAUAUUUUGGUUGCAAAACUAUUUAUUUAACCAUUUAUUUAAGGCAAAAAUAAAUUGUGCAAAUGUACCUAAGCAGAAAGCAACAAGCGGUAUCAUUCACAUUCAAAGAAUAUUAUGAUCUAAAUCCUAAAAUCAAUCAAUCAAGUGCAAUUUACCAGCAAAAUACAUGAGUACAAAUAUGACUGUGAUCGUAUAUGCAUGCAAGACUUUUUUAAAAAGCUAAUUCAGACUAUUUUCUGUUGAAAUUAAAU